AGCCACCAGGGCUUACCGUUUCCUGUCAAGGAGAGGGGGUUGGAGCUCUCUUGGCCAAAGCCAGUACCAGCAUCAGUUCAAAAAUAUUCUGAAAUAUCGUUUUAACCCUGAACCUCACCAUCCCAUCAUGGAGGGAGUUGCAGAGUCUGAGACAGUAGAUGGAUCAUCUCCUUUUGAUCUCUUAGAACCCCCGACUUCUGGAGGAUUUCUGAAACUGUCCAAACCCUGCUGCUACAUUUUUCCUGGGGGAAGAGGAGAUUCUGCAUUGUUUGCCAUCAAUGGAUUUAACAUUUUAGUAGAUGGGGGAUCUGAAAGAAAGUCUUGCUUUUGGAAACUGGUUCGCCACCUUGACAGGAUUGACUCUAUUCUGCUCACCCACAUUGGGGCAGACAACCUUCCUGGAAUUAAUGGCUUGUUCCAAAGAAAAAUUGCAGAGCUGGAAGAGGAACACAAUCAAGGAUCUGGUUCAAGUAGUAAUGGCGAGUCGAUAAAGAACCUGAUUUCCCCUGAACUUGGGAUUGUAUUUUUGAACGUCCCAGAUAAACUUCGGAUGCCAGAGUCCACUCUAAAAGUGAAACGGAGCAUCGAGGAAGCAUCUCUAACGCUGCAGUACCUCAAUAAACUUGGAAUAACACCAGAGCCUCUUCACAGGGCAGUGAGCAACACUGUUGAACCCAUCACACUCUUUCACAAACUUGGUGUUGGAAAGUUAGACAUGUAUGUGCUAAACCCUGUAAAAGAGAGCAAAGAGAUGCAAUUUCUAAUGCAAAAAUGGGCUGGUAACAGCAAAGCCAAGACAGGUAUUCUAAUGUCUAAUGGAAAGGAAGGAGAAAUAUCUGUUCCCUAUUUAACAUCAGUUACUGCUCUCAUUGUGUGGAUUCCUCAUCGUCCCACAGAAAGAAUAGUUAGAGUGCUCUUCCCAGGGAAUGCACCACAGAAUAAAAUCUUUGAGGGCCUUGAGAAACUGAAACACCUAGACUUCCUGCGAUACCCAGUGGCAACUCAAAAAGACCUAACAUCCAGUGCACCACUGCCAAUCAUCAAACAAACCAAAAUUAGAUCCAGAGCUGACAGCAAAGAGAGUCUGAAAUUAUCACCAAAACCAAACUCCAAAACUGUCAAGAAAGAAAUAGUUGGCCAAGAGGAAGAGCCUAAGAGUGAGAAGACCAAAGAGAAUAAACUCGAGAAAAAAAUCAAAAGUGAAAGUCUGAAGGCCACCAAACAGCAGAAAAAUAGCGAGGUGGCCCCCAUAACAGGCAAGUUAGAGAAGAAGAAAAUAUUAAAGGAGAAAAGCAGAAAAACUGACAAAGUGUCUCGUAUGGAUGAAAAGAAAGACAAGGAAAAGAAAGAAAUUAAAAGAGAAAAAGCAAAAACAGAUGAAAAUAUAACAAAAGACGAUAAGAAAGACAACAAAAAGAAGGACCCAAGUAAGCCAGAAUUGAGAAAAAUGACUAAACCUGACUUGAAGCCACUCACCCCUGAAGUGAGAAAAACUCUGAGAAAGACUCAGGCAAAGGCCAAGACUGAAAAAAAUGUAACAGUUAAAGAGGAUGUAAAUGGUAAAAAGUCACUCCCCAAGCACCUCCAGGAAGAAGCUGCAGCAGCGGCUCAUGCUGAAAGAUCCAAUGCGUCUUCACCCGAGGAUCUUACUGAGGACUUUGAGUCCCUUAAAAGAGAAGAGUUGUCCAAACCCAAGGCAGGAGCUACCCAAAUCUCUGAGGUGUCAGUUCACAAGGAUACUAAAGUUUCUACCUCAUAUCCCCUAAAUGAGAACAUUACACAAGCUACUGAGACAAAGACAGUCUCAUCCACAUUUUCUGCCAAACCAGAGGAAGACAACACCACAGACAAAAUAACCUCAGAACAGAUAAAAGGAAAGGAUUCAUGGAGUGAUAAACUUGAAGACAGCACGAUAACUUUGAAGACAUUUGAGGAUUAUGACACAUAUUCUGCAAAGGAUGAUCUAAAAUUCAUAUCAAAGAAAAGUGACAGUUCAGAAGAGGAAGAUGAUGUAAUUGAAAAAGCAGAGCUGGAAGGCACAGAAGAUGAUGAGGUUAUGAAAUGUAAAACACAGGAGAUGAAAAAAGAAAAAACUGUAAAAGAUUUUGAUACUCAACCAGCAGGACAAUUUAAAAUGUCAGCUUCAGCUCUGCCUGAGCAAGGAGUAUCGGCAUCAGCCUCAGAACAGUUCUCCUUUAUCCAAGAUGAAACCAUCCCUGGUUACUCUGAGACUGAGCAAACUAUCUCUGAUGAGGAGAUCCAUGAGGAUACUGAAGAGAAAAUCCCACAGUUACGGUAUAAUGUGGGAUCUUAUGACAUCUCAGUCCCAGAUUUCCCUGGGACCUUUGACUCAAUGCAGGGCAUGAAGGAAAUAAAGAGCUUGGUUGUGUCAGAUGUUGUGGAUGUCAGACCCAAAGCCCUUGUGGGAGUUCAUGAGCCUGAGCUUGCUUCCUACCCUGUUGUAAUUGCUGCUCCUCUUGCAGAGGAGGAACACAUUUCCUCAGCCACAUCCAUAACCGAAUAUGACAAAAUGUCUUCAUUUGCCACAUCUGUAGCUGAGGACCAGUCAAUAGCUUCUGUUACAGCCCCUCAGACUGAGGAAGUUGGAAAGAACUCCCUCCUUCUUGACACCGUCAACAAUGUACCCUCACCUGGUACCCAAGGAAAGGACUAUCUCCACUCUGCUGGUACCAUUUCACCCACCUCCUCUCUGGAGGACGACAAAUGUUUCAAGUCUCCUUCUUCUGAUGAGUACCAGCCCAACAUUCCUGAGAUGGAGAAUGAUGCCAAGGCCCAUUCAGCUCAUGAUGAAGAAGAAGAAGAUGACGAGGAAGACGAGGAUGAGGAUCAGACUCCAAAUGUUGACAUCCCACUGGGUAAACUCAGACAAGGCUAUGAGCAUGCUGCAUCCAUGAUGCUCAAGGAGAACGAGAAAUCCCCCUCAGCCGACAUUUCUUCUCCUAUUUUCUCAGAAGAGCACAAACUUCCUACACAGGUUGCAGGUGAAAGUCAGUCUCCAUUUAGUACUGGGGAAUUCAAGAUUGGUGCUGGAAUACAACCUCUAUCAACUUCUCUAUCCUUCUCCGCUGGACUGGAGUCACACUUUAGGCAAGAAAGCGAUGACAAAUGUCUAAGUCCAGAUGACAGCACCGUGAAACUGGCUUCACCCACACAGUCAGUGCCUACAAGCAGUGGUUACUCUCCUGCAGAUGAAAAAUCAUUUAAAACAGAAGGCAACAAUGAAGCAGUGACCAAAUUUGAUACGAAUAAAGUGGAAAAAUCGGUCACUAUUUCUGACAAUACAUCUUUAACUGGACACUCAGUUGAAAAGGAUGCAUUUGAGGCAUCAGAGGAAUCUGAAGAGGACAGUGUGAAUGAAGACGACUAUUACACCAAAAAAGAUCUCCAACCUGCUGUUAAAGCUAAACUUAUGGAGGCAAAAGAGGGGUGCUUCCUGGAUGAUGACCUAACUACUGAGGCAAAGACUGCAAAGACAGACAUAGAGCUUCUCUGCUCAGAUGGGUCUCUGUCUCCUCCUGCUGAAGAGAAACCAAAGCCUCAAAUCAUAUACUCAGAUGAGGAUGAAACAGACAAUUUUCCAACUGGAAUAAAAUCAGGGUUCUCUUCAGCAGAGCUAACCAAAACAGACAUCAACAAAGAACGUGCUGAGGAAACAGAUAUCCCUCUCACAGGGCAUGAGAAAAGUGUUCAUUUUGGUCUUUGUGAUUUCCCAGAAAAGGAGAACAAAGAGAAAGCCCUUUAUAUUAGACAAGACACACCUUAUGUGCAUGGCAAAACAUUCUCGUAUGGUGACAUUUAUGAUAGCAAACCAAGUUCAGUGGAAUCAGAUUCAUAUUGUCACGAGUCCUUAGAUAAGGUGGAGAAGGACAUUUCAAAGGAUGAUGUUGGUUUUCCUCUAUCCCCUCUAACGGCGAGUGACAAAAUAUCAGAAAAGGAAGAAUGUAAAGUCUCAUACGAAAAAGAUCCUUCCACUCCAACAAGGUUUGAAUCCAAAAGCCAAUCAGUUGUUUCUCCAUCGAUCAAAGAUGGCAAAGAUUAUGAGACAUUUGAAUACCCGGGUCAAUUCUCCUCAGUGGCAGAUGGGCCUAAAGCAUUGUCUACUUCUCCAUCAUCAGACAAAGACCCAAUGUCUUUUGCUAGGCAACCAGACAGCUCAAAACCUGCAUCAUAUUCCUCAAUGACAUCAUCCAAUGUCUCCCAAGCUAGAGUUCCUGAUAGUGGAUCAUGUUUGGAGAUUGAUAUGCGAAAACUGACAGCGAAGGAUGAGGAAGACUAUGAUGAUGAUGAAGUAAUUGAUGAAGAUGAUGAUGAGGAGGGAGACGAAGAGGAUGAAAACACUGAUGAUGAAAGAGCUAUUUGUUCUGACAUUGAAAAAGGUCCCAAAGAAAAGUCUGAGAAGGAGAUAAAAAGUCCUGCCAGUGAAAUAUGUGGCUCAAAUAAGCCAGAAUUUAUGGUUUCUAUGGCUGGAUAUGGUUUUAACAGUCAGGGGAAACCAAGUGAGAAAGAAAUCGUAUUCAGCUCACUCACAAAGGUAGUGGAUGAAGAUAAGUUAGCAGCUACUGGUUUCUCUGGCUACUCCACAGAGUUAGACUUAUAUGGGGGUGAGGAUAAGGAAUCACUUUUAUCAAGUCAAACCACAGACAAAGGUAAUGAAGACUUCAACUUGAAGUCAUCAGAGGGUAGUUUUUACAGUGAUAGAGCUGAUCAGUACACAAGUACCGCUGCCCCUGGGUACUCUUCAUCCUCUGCAUAUAGCUACUCUUCCUCUACUUCAGGCUCAUUCUCUACCAGUCGUCAGCUUGCGGAUGAGCUGGAGACACCUGCCUCAGCUGAGCCACUAUUUGAAUACUCCUCCUUCAAAGAAGAACACUCCCCGAUCACUGAUUCUCUGUUUUCUACUUUACCUGGCACCAAAGAAAACUAUUUGGAAGUGUCUGAGAAAAAGGUCCCUGCUGCAACCACAGCUGAGGCUACCUUCAGCUUGUCUCACUUUUCCCCCCUCAAUCCGUUUGAGGAUUCCAAACGCUUCUCUUCACAUUCAUCCACUGCUUCUGAUGAAGACAAAAAAGACCACACAACCGCUUUUGCUAGCAUUUUGGAUAAACGCCCUCAUUCAGACUGUUUUUAUAAGCCUGAGUGGUCUGAAGCGUUUGCGCUGGACUCUGCAAAAGGCUUUGACCAAUCAUUAACCUUGCACGCUCAAGAGGCAGCACUCUCAAUUAAUAAAGAGGCAUCCAGCGCUGCACUGUUUGGUGUCACUUCUUCCCCAAGGCCAGAUAUUGAAGGCAAGCACUACUUUGAAGAGACUGACAGCAGUGAAGAGGAUGAGGAUGUUUAUAUGAGGGGGAAGUCUAAAAUAUCACCUUCCAGUGGUGUCACAGGUACCUUGUUGUUCUCUGAGAAGCCAAAAGCUUCAGUUGAAGGGGAAAAGACUAGCAAUGUUCACCCAGAUGUUCUUGGUUCAUACAUGUCCUCACCACUUGAGGCCAGCAAGCCGGACCCAACCAAAGGCCUUGCAAAGGUCAGUACAAGCUCUACCCCCCUUGCUGGAGCAGCAGCCAAUGAUGCGAUUUCAGGCACAGCUAAAAUGCAGUCCAGAGAAAGUGCAGGAGUCUAUAAGAGCUCCUAUGAGUGGGAAAUGCCCAAGCCUCAGAUAGGAAGGAUGCCUGGAGACUCCCCUCCCCAUUAUCGUCAUGAUGAUGAGUUUGAGGAGGAGUGUGAAAUGGAGCCCGAGCACCCUGCCCGCCCGCUUUCUCUCUCUUCAACUAAUAAGCCUUUCCACUCUCCCUUUUACUUUGAGGAGUGUAGCCAACAAGAACUGGAAGACGAUGACGAUGAUGACAGUGAUCAGGAGCUUGCUGAUAAAUCAGCCAUAGGAGCAUCUUCCACCUCUGCCGGCAACACAUCUCCCGGAUUUUCAUCCUGUGAGUACAGGCAGCGUAAAACAGACCUCUCCCCUUCCUUUAUCAACCCGUGCAUGAAGCAGCUUUGCAGUGAUGAAGACGAUGAGGAUCAAGGACAAAGAAGUGACCAGUCACAGGAAGGCGAUGAACAUGAUAUGUCUGUUAAGAGAAGGGCUAAGCAGCCCCACCAUCAGCAAUCCCACAGCAGCUCUGUCCAUCAAGCCAGUGGCACGUCUGCAGGGUUAGGUCUGGCAACAGAGGACACACCACCUACUUCUAUUAGUGAGUCUUUUGCCUCUCAGUCAGACUCUGAAGUGCAUCAAGGCACGGAAGAGUAUCCUUCUGUCACUGCUGAAGGCAACCUGGACUCAGAUGAGGACGCAGACUAUAUGCCCGUCGACAAGAUAGCUGCCAUAGGUGAAGGCAGCCAACACUAUUCCUCCUGGAAAAGCCAGGACCCAGUUCCCACACCUCAAAAGGAUGCUUACCCUCACCCCCCUCGACCAGAUGUUUGUAUGGUGGAUCCUGAUUCUUUGUAUAAUGGCUCAGUUAAGAAAGAGCUUAAAGCUAAAGGAUUGAAGAAAGCUUCGGGGAAAACCAAAGCAUCACCUUCCAGGCGCAAGAGGUCCCCCAUGCCUGUCAAACAGACAUCAUCUCCUCGCAGUGCGUCACUGAAGAAGAAAGAAGCAGACAAGAGCUCACGAAUGUCUCGGCUGUCAGAUGGACAAGGCUCAAAAGACGAUGACCUCUCACGGUCAAGCUACAACCCUGGAAAGUCGCUGACCAACAUUAACAAGAAUAGUUCAGGUUCUCAAAAGGCUAGUUCUACAGCUCCUAUCUAUGUGGACAUGGCCUACAUUCCCAACCACUGCAACGCCAAGAAUGUGGAUAAAGAGUUUUUUAAACGCAUUCGCUCUGCGUAUUAUGUGGUCAGUGGUAAUGAUGCUGCCAGUGGUGAACCAAGCCGUGGAGUUCUUGAUGCACUGUUGGAUGGCAAAGCUCAAUGGGGUUCAAAUCUUCAGGUGACGCUGAUCCCAACUCAUGACACAGAGGUGACUCGUGAGUGGUACCAGCAGACACACGAGCGGCAGCAGGAGCUCAACAUCAUGGUCCUGGCCUCAAGCAGCACUGUCGUCAUGCAGGAUGAAUCUUUUCCUGCCUGCAAAAUCGAGUUUUAAGAAUAUGGUAUUUUGCUGCCUCUCCCUACUGUAGAUCUGUUUAAACUACUCUUAAGCCCCUUAGAAUGUGGGUUCUUUUUGUCCGUUCUUAUUGAUAACAGUUGUUUUUUUAAUCUAAAUUUGUAUGAACUUCUUAGUUUGUUGUAGCUACAAUAUAUUUGUUCUCCACUCCAUUAGAGUCCCGCAAAUGACACAUCUUUGUCUUUAAACUUGUUUUUAAAGCCUGUGAGAAAAUGGAAUUCUACGAGACCAUUGUUUAGAUUAAGGCUGUGUCUCAAAUGGAAUACUUCUGUCAGUACACUUCAAUAGGUAAACUGCGUACUUAGUUCCUGAGUGCACGCAUUUUCCAAUCCCCAAGUAUCAUUGCGUACUCACAGGAAAUGAUGGUUGGAAUAUUUACCAGCAACCCUCCACUGCCACUGGUUGCUACCCAGCCAUUUCUCAAGUUAGUCGCCACCCUCGUGCUACACAGCCACUAUGGCGACUAUUGCACUGAAGGUGGAGGCAAACACUUGGGCAGGAAAUAUGUUACAUUUGUUCUUUUUAGUUACAAUUUUGACCUUAAUUAUAUCUCUCAUGCGUGGGGCAGAUUCUUCAGAUGGCAGAGUGUCAAAGAAAAGGAAAAUUAAGUGCAUUUAGACACAGUAAAAUGCUCUGAAAGAAGAGAUAUGUCUAUCAACAAUUGUUGCAUACUUUGCCUAAGCUGCUCAAAAGCCGCUACAUUCAUCAAGGAUAGAGACGGUAUCUUUUUAUUACUUUAUUGUCAUGUUUUCUGUGUACAGUUUGAGUAACUUAGGUGUUCAUUUAAGUCAUAGGAUGGGAACUUGCUCGUAGGCCGUGGACCUCCUGCACUGACAGUGCACUGCAUUUUGUCGCACUUCUCUGUGUGAAUGCACUCAAAAUAGUAAGUGUACUGGAAGUGCAACAACUGAGACUCAGCCAGGCAAAAUAGAUAGUUUCUGCAAUAACAAAAAAAGGGUAAGCAAUUGCUCGACCCUUACCUGGCAAAGACCACAUUUGUGCACCUUAAGGCCAGAUGAAGUCAUUAUCCUCUUCAGUAUCUCUUUGUUUUGCAGUAAAACUAUAUGUAAGCUCGAAAAUGAUGCUAGUGAUCAGUUUCCUCUCCUCCAGUUAUUUCCUGCGUGCCUCAAACUGACAUAGUAACAUAGAAAGUAUUCAAGUAGAACCCACAAUGUCCUGUCAAUGUAUUUCAAAUAUAUCUAUAUAUAGCAUAGACAAUAUCUUAUUCCAAGAUUUAUAAUGUUGUGCAAUAUUUCUAUGAUGAAAAUCACCUUGUUGCAGUUACAAAUUGUCAUUGCUCAGUGUUAAACCUCCCCUUUACUCCUGCCGUGUGUCCAGUUGUUGCAGAGAACUUUCUCCGUCUUCAUAAAGAACAUGACUUUGUGCAUGUGAAGGAAAGAACUGCUGCAUUUUUAGGAUCUUUAUUCAACAACUAAUGUGCGACAAGAGAAACAUGAAUUGCAAAAGGAGAGCGUGUGUCUGCGUGGGCCUGCGUCAUUAGCGGUCGAGGUUAGACCUUUAGUGCCUUUUUGUCCUGAUGUGUUGGAAGAUGAUAUAAUUGGCAACAAAUAUCAAGGGUGUCCAAAGCUUUUUUUCAUUUUACCCAGGAGCUCUGUUGUACAGUUUGUGCAAAGACCUUUUAAAGCUGCAUUUGGUUGCAUUUGUGUUGCUAUGGUAACUGCUACACAAUUGUUGCAUCGAUACAUACACAUGCUAUAACGGGUGAUUUACAUUCCUAAGAUUCAACUAUUUUGAUCCGUGCUCGGCAAGUUGACCUUAAGGAAGCUAGGUAUUGAUCGAUCAUUGUUUCAAAAGGAAAUACCAAUUUUAUAGAUACUGCAAAAAAGAAAACUUUAGAUUUAAUGAUACUUUGAUGAAACUCAAGUCUGUCUGCCUGACGCCAUCAGUAAUCAAAACGAAAAUGGCGGACACCUAUGAUGGCCGAGAUAAGUCCAACAAAUGCAAACGCCACAAGACAAUAUUAUAAAGCCGCAACACAUCUGUCCGCUCCGAAGGACGCGAUAGACACAACGGAACUAAACGCGUAGUAAGUUUUACCGACUGACUAAGCCAAGACCGAAGGGUGAAAACUAAUGAUCACUGUAUAUUAAUAUUUUUGAAAGAGUGAUUUCUGACUGAAGACGUAGUCACACUUCACUUACUUGUACAACUUUGUUCAUUACACCGUAGUCAACUUUCGGUGUGUCGCCGAAUCUUGUCCGCUAAUAUUAUUUAUAUCGUCAUGUUUUUUGCCUUGCAGUUGUUGUGAUCUGGCAUCCGUAUUUGCUGUGGCUUUUGCAAUCAUGCUAUAGCUGAAAGCCGUAGUGUUGUGGCUUCAAUGUGUUGUGCUGUGGCGGUUGCAUUUGUUGCGACUUUUCUCGGCCACCCUAGCUGUUUAUUCAAAUGAGUAGUAGCAGGUCAAACCACUAAACCUAAAAAUAUUUGUUUGCACUUCAUUUCUUAGGUAAACUUACUGCUUAAUUAACCAGAAGCACUUUAUUUGUUGAUAUUAAUAUUGUAUACUUUUAUGUUGGAAAAACAACAGCAAAAGUAGCAUGUAAAUCUACUGUCAACAUCUUGGUUACUGUACUUUAAUUGAAAAUUUGUUGAAUAUUGAAAAUGAGAGCAGAAAAGUGUUUCCUCCUGUUGAUUCAACGUAAGUGUUGGUUGCACUUUUUUUUACCGUAUUUUUCGGAUUAUAAGUCGCUCAGGAGUAUACGUCGCACCGGCCGAAAAUGCAUAAUAAAGAAGGAAAAAAGCAUAUACGUCGCACUGGAGUAUAAGUCGCAUUUUUGGGGGAAAUAUAUUUGAUAAAAUCCAACACCAAUAAUAGACAUUUGAAAGGCAAUUUAAAAUAAAUAAAGAAUAGUGAACAACAGGCUGAAUAAGUGUAUGUUAUAUGACGCAUAAAUAACCAACUGAGAAGGUGCCUGGUAUGUUAACGUAACAUAUUAUGUUAAGAGUCAUUCAAACAACUAUAACAUAUAGAACAUGCUAUACGUUUACCAAACAAUCUGUCACUCCUAAUCGAUAAAUCCCAUGAAAUCUUCUUCCUCUAUGUCGCUUCUAAACAACUCUGCCAACUCUGCUGCAUAUUUCACUACGUCCAGCUUGUAAUCUGCAGUAGAUGAUUUCCUUUUCAGUGCCAUUUUUGUUCAGCGCUUCUCAGUUUUUAUAAGUUACCGCCAACGUUGAAAUGAUCCAUUUUAAUAGCUACGGCAGUAGCAUAUAGUAUAUAGUCCUGCUGGCUCCGCUGUGAACGGGACUCCCGCUGCUGUGUUGGAUCCGCUUUGGACUGGACUCUUGCGACUGUGUUGGAUCCAUUAUGGAUUGAACUUUCACAGUAUCACGUUAAACCCGCUCGACAUCCAUGGCUUUCCUCCUCUCCAAGGUUCUCAUAGUCAUCAUUGUCACCGAUGUCCCACUGGGUGUGAGUUUUCCUUGCCCUUAUGUGGGCCCACCGAGGAUGUCGUAGUGGUUUGUGCAGCCCUUUGAGACACUAGUGAUUGAUUGUAAACAUUGAUUGAUGAUUGAUUGAUAGCAGUUGGCAUUCCAUGACCCAAAAUGCACUUCUGCCAUGGCCCUCCCCCGCCAAAUUCUUAUUGGUUGACGUGUGUGUGUGACGAUUGCUGACAUUUUCUUAGUCUCUUCCGCUAAUUCGAUAAAUAAUGUUAUUUGAUAUUUUACGGUAAUGUGUUAAUAAUUUCACACAUAAAUCGCUCCGGAGUAUAUGUCGCACCCCCGGCCAAACUAUGAAAAAAACUGCGAUUUAUAAUCCGAAAAAUACGGUAAAUAAGAUGUGAAUGUAUUGGCCAUUAAUUGUUUACUUGCUUGUUUGUAUCCAUAAUUCAAUUAUACCUAAUUUCAGUACGCAAAGUAACAGGAAUAUAGAAAACGUCCAUUGCAGUCUCCAGCAUCCAGUAUUUAUUUUACAGUCACACUGCUUGAAUUGUCUUUGCUAAGAAGUUACUGAAUCGAUACACAGCUAAAUCCCGACCAAAACAGUUGUAGGAAAACAUCGGACCAUUCACACCACAAGCACUUAAAUGACGCAAAGUCAAAAAUAGCUAAGCAGUCGUAGACCAGAAUAUGUUGUGAAUAAUUUCAUAAAAUAAAAUACUAAUGUGACACAACCGUUUUAAAAACAACACUUAGGCUCUGUUCACACUGCAGGUCAAUUCCAUAUGUGACCUGUCAGUGAGAAUAGUACAAUUCCGACAUUUUCAAAUCCGACCAGAGCCUCUUUGAUAAUAUGUAUCCAAUGUGACAUCAUUAAAAUCUAAAUUCUUUGCCAUAAUAGACGGUCAUAAAAAGACCCGGUGAACAAAAAAGCAGAAAACAGUCAACAUGAAGAUGUUUUGGAACUCAGCUACAUGCCUACAUGCUCAGAACAGAAAUCAUUUGGUUAAGUAAAUGUUGACAUUGUUGCACAAAAUCCUUCAAAUUUACAAAUCUGUGCCAGAAUAUAGACCCACUCAAAUGUGGGCCAUAUUUACUUCAUAUUGAUCACAUUUUCCUUUGUUUUGGAAAAGACUACAUAACCAUCACAUUUGACAAAACAUCCCAAUUGGGCAGUGUGAACGGAUUUGUUUAUCAUACAGUACUGUGGCAGCAUGGAUACAAGACACAGUGAUUGGACAUACAGUAUUAGAAGGUUCUGGGAACUGGACCAGACAACUUUAUGGACACGCUGGUGGUUAGUCAGCAAAGAUACUGUAUGUGCAUUUCCACAUCUAGUGUAAAUAGUCACAAGCAAGCCCAGAGUUUAAGAAGAUGCUUAAACCGAUCCAAUGAAGGGCAAUAAAUGCUAAGCUUGCUUCUCUGUUAUGAUACAUUUAUUUUAUUAUUUUAGAAUAUACCGAAGGUCAAUAAUAAAAAAAAAACUUUGGACACCGCUGACCUACACCACGGCGUGGCACAUUUGUGAUACUGUGAACCCAGCAGGCACAAGACAUUGAUACAAUGUUGAUUAUACAUAUAUGUUCUUUAAAACUGACUUUAAAAAUACGUUGCAAAAUAGUUUUUGUAAAUUGAGAUAAUGUUGGAGUCUAACGUUGGAUCCAUGUUGUUGGUUGGGAAAUGACCAAAUUUCAAUAGUCAGGUUUUAACUAGGGCUGGGCGAUAUGGCCUUUUAUCAAUAUCUCGAUAUUUUUGGGCCAUGUCACGGAACACGAUAUAUAUUUCAAUAUUUUGCCUUGGCCUUGAAUUAACACUUGAUGCAUAUAAUCACAGCAGUACGAUGAUUAUAUGUGUCUAUAUUAAAACAUUCUUCUUCAUACUGCAUUAAUAUAUGCUACUUUUAAACUUUCAUGCAGAGAAGGAAACCACAACUAAGUCAAUUUAGCAAUAUUUAUUUAACAGUUUAUUAAACAAUAAUAUUCAUGUCAUUUCCAAAACAGAAAGUGCAAGAUUGUCAGAGACAUUUUAAAACAAGUUAUCAGUGCACUUUUGUGAGUGAUGUCAUAAAGAUGACAUAUCAAAACAACACUAAAUUAAUGUGCACUUUUUGUAUAAAACGCCUCUACAACCGUUAAAAACAAAUUAAGUGCACUUUUGUGCAUGAUAUCACACAAGAUAUUUCAAAAACUGUCAAAUAAAAAUGAACUGCAUAAUAGGAAAUCAAACAUUGUAUGUCCUUCGUUCUGUGGUAGGUUCCUGCAGACGUUAUCGCCUUCUGUCGUUGAUUGUUUUUUUCAUACGGGGUUGAUCUGGAAAUUGUUGCUUGGCACCGGCCGGAGAUGUUGACAUGCUGUUUCAAGCACUCUUCAUUCUCUAGCAGAGGACUUUUCAAAUGAUGCUACAAAUUAGCAGUGCUGCUACUUUUUGUAGCAACGCUUUUGCCGCAUAAUUGUUCAACAUAUUCCCGCUUGAAGCCAAACCACCGCCAGACGACGGACCCCGUGCUGUUUUUCUUGGGAAUUCAUUCUUCCUCCAUUUGUUACCAGAUUCGCACCUUCUCUCUCUCGUAUUACCACUCGCAACGCACCGUUAGCAUCACAGCUAAUGUUACCAUGUAGCUACCUCUCUGCUCGGGGAGGGCGUGUGACGUUGCACGCAUGACGUAUGUAAGAAGUUGCGCUUGGUUUACGUCUCUGUGAGGAGAGACAAGAAAGAGGGAGAAACGCAUGCAGUGUAAUGCCUGCAGCUAAAAGCAACUGCGUGAGAACGUAUACUCGAAUAUCACAAUAUAGUCAUUUUCUAUAUCGCACAGAGACGAACCUGCAAUAUAUCGAGUGUAUCGAUAUACCGCUUAGCCCUAGUCAGAACCCAACAUUGAUUAAAUGUUGUCAAACAGCAUGUUGCUCCAACUUUAUGUUUGAGUUGCUCAACGUUAGGACUUAUUUCAAAAAGUUCUCAACGUUGUUUUAAUGUCUCGUGAGUGCUGGGAAAGAAGCUUUGACCACGAUGAUCUCAACGUUUUUAUUUUUGUCCCUAAGGUCAGUUUUUAAAUCCUCGACUCAUUUAUUUUCUGCCUGCAAAAGAAGCACAAUUAUAAAAAAAUGGCACUUGUUUUGAAACUGUUCAAAUGUGAUUUUAAGUGAGAUUGCAGAUGUUUUGAACAGCUGUGUUUUCGACGGGGCAGCAGGGUUCAACGUGGUUAGCAUGUCUGCCUCAAAGCCCCAAGGUUCUGUUUUUCAAUCUUGGCUCUGCCUUCUCUGCGUGACUCGGGGUGCCCUGUGAUUGACAAGUCCCAGGUGUCACCCGGCUAUCACCCGUCUGGUGUAGGCUCCAGCUCACCCGUAACCCUAAACAGGAUACGCAGUCGAAAAUUAAUAUUUAGUAGUUCUGUCAAAAAAAUUCUGAUUAAUCAUGUUUUAGAAUUUUGAUUAUUUAUGAUUUAUCACAGUUGACAUACGGUCAGUUUAAUCACAUUUUAGAAUUUGGAUGAAUCACAGACCACAUUUAGCGGAUAUACUCUGCCAGCGAUGUUUGUCGUCCUUGCUUGUUGACUUUGAGGUCUGUAGCGUUCUUGCAAGCCGUUGGCUUUAAGAUUUCAAACUUCUUUACGUCGACUACAAGAUAAUGCUAAAUACUUUGAUUUGAUCUAUCCAUAAAAAAUCCCGUCUGGGUGUAUUUUGAAGUGAAAUUUGGCAGAGUCUCCUCACUCAUUCAUCUUCGACGUAUGCAUUAAGAACCCUCGCCACCUCUUUGGCAACUACCCACGGUUAAGGUAAAGGAGCAUGUACUGUCAAGAUAAAUUGCGUGAAUAAUCAACAUUUUUACAUGAAUAAUGUGAUUUUGUGAUUUUCUUUGUCAGCCCUAAUUUUUUUAUUUUUUUAUAUAUAUAAAGUGCAUUCGAAAAGUAUUCACUUUUCCAACGUUUCGAUAUCUUACAGCCUUAUUCCAAAAUUGAAUAAAUCCCUUUUUGUCAUCAAAAUUCCACAGACAAUAUCCCAUAAAGACUAUGUCAUUGUUUAAUUUAUUUUGCAAAUGUAUGAAGAAUAAAAAACAAAUCACAUUUACAAAAUCAUUCCCAGCAUUUGCUCAAUACUUUGACGAUGCACCUUUGGCAGCAAUUACAGCCUCAAGUCUUUUUGAAUACGAUGGCACAAGCUUGGCACACCUAUCUUUGGGUAGUUUUGCCCGUUCCUCUUUGCAGGUUGGGUGAGAACUUUUCAUGAAGGAUGUCCUCUGUACAUUGCUGCAUUGACAUUGCUUUCCCUCUUAAAAAAAAAGUAUAUAUCCAUAUAUAUAUAUAUAUAUAUAUAUAUAUAUAUAUAUAUAUAUAUACAUACAUAUAUAUAUACAUAUAUAUGUAUAUAUAUAUAUAUAUAUAUAUAUAUACAUACACACACUUAUAUACCAUAUUUCCUUGAAUUGCCGCCGGGCAUGUAAUAUGCGCCUGCCUUGAAUUACUGCCGGGUCAAACUCGCUUCCCAAAAUUAUUAGCGCAUGCUUACUUUUACCGCCGGGUCAAAUUCGUGACGUCACGAGUGACGGUUCCCCUGUCGUCAUUUUCAAAAUGGCGGAGGAGGUUUUUUUUGCUUGUGCUAUGUGUAAACCAGGGGUCUUGUUCAACAGCCACACCGGUUACACUGAAGGUUGUGAUAUAAAACAACUUUAAC